AAAGUGAAAACCCUCGAGCCUCAACUCCCAAGUCCUAACCCAAGUUCUUUGCCUUUCUACCUUUUCCCACACAGUCGACGCUCCCCUUCCUCUCGACUGUGUCCAAUCUUCGACGUUGCUCUCUGUUUUCUACAGAUAUGCUCUCACUGAAGCUGCUCUCUGCCUUCUGCUGAUGUACUCUAGUCGGAGCUGUUCUCUACUUUAUGUGAUUUGCUCUCACCGAUUCACCAAACCGAAGCUUCACUUCGUCUUUUGCUGAUUUGCUCUCACCGAAGCUGCUUUACUUUAUGUUAAUCUACUCUCACGAAAGCUGCUCUCUGUUGUGCUGUUUGCUAAUAUGCUCUCACUGGAAGUUUGAAGCUACUUUCUGAUGAUCUACUUUAUUUCACUUCAUCGUCCCUGAUUUCCGUUGGUUUUCUCUCACCAGCAUUGGUCUCUGCUCUCAUCAACAUUUGCUCUCACCAAAGCUGCUCUUUGCCUUCUGCUGAUGUACUCUAGCCGGAGCUGGUCUCUACUUUAUGCUGAUUUGCUCUCACCGAUUCACCAAACUGAAGCUUCUCUUUACCUUCUGCUAAUCUGCUCUCUACCUUCUGCUGAUUUGCUCUCACGGAAGCUGCUCUACUUUAUGCUGAUUUGCUCUCAUGGAAGCUACUCUCACGGAAGCUGCUCUUUGUUGUGCUGUCUGUUGAUAUGCUCUCACUGGAAGUCCGAAACUACUUUCUGCUUAUCUACUUUCUUUCGCUUCAUCGGCCCUGAUUUCUGCUGGUUUUCUCUCACCAACGCUGGUCUCUGAUUUCAUCGACGUCGGUCACCAUCCACAAAAAGCAAACCCUAGCCUGUUGCGUGCAUCCCUUCCUUGUGCCUCAUGUUCUGCAAUUGGCCUUCACUGCUUCUUCACACUUCAUAGCUUCUCCCACCUAGGCACAGAUGUAUUUUUGUUUCAUCAAAUUCUUCAUUUGACAAUUUUGAUGAGAAAAAAUUGGACUAAAUUUAUAACUUUUUAGAAUUAGAAACUAUUAAUUCUUUUCCAAUUUUAGAAUUAGAAAUAGAGUUGCUGGACACUUGCAGGACACUUUGAAUUUUUUGUAUUAAUUAGCCAUAUAUUUUGUGACGUUUCUGGGUCUGGUUCUUAUAUACUUUGCAAUUGCAUUUUGUAGAGUUGCCAUUUAUUAAUGA